UCGUUUAGUUAUAAACGGAAGCGGAAAAAGUAGAUAAUUUUGAUUGAAUUUAAGGUUAUAUUGAAUUGUAUUGAAAUAGAGAUUGCAAUCAUUGUUUGAUCCCUUUUUGAAGAGCACUGCAAAAAUGGGUAUAGACAUCAACCAUAAGAAUGAUCGUAAAGUCAGGCGAACGGCGCCGAAGAGCAGAGACCCGUAUUUAUUGCUUUUGGUUAAGUUGUACCGAUUUCUGGCCCGAAGAACUGGUCAGAAGUUCAACAAAAUUGUGUUGAAGAGACUGUAUAUGAGUAAAACAAAUCGACCGCCGAUUACACUGAAAAGAUUGAAAAUUCAAAUGAGUAAACCCGAGAGGAAGGACAAGAUAGCAGUAGUUAUCGGCACCGUUACCGAUGACGUACGUCUCUAUGAUGUACCCAAUCUUAAGGUGUGUGCUCUUCGUGUCACUAAAACAGCCAGAGCUCGCAUCCUGAAGGCUGGCGGCGAGAUCUUGACUUUGGAUCAAUUAGCAGUUCGCUCUCCUAGAGGUGAGAACACUGUUCUUCUUCAAGGACCGCGUAAUGCACGUGAGGCCGUCAAACACUUUGGUCGCGCACCGGGUGUGCCUCACAGCCACACCAAACCAUACGUGCGUUCAAAAGGACGUAAGUUUGAGAGAGCCAGAGGACGACGUGCUUCUCGUGGAUAUAAAAGUUAAAUUGAUUUGUAUUGUAAUCACAAUUUGAUAACAGAAAUAAAAUAAAUGAUUGUUU